AUGACAGCAUCAUCGUCAUCAGUAGAGACUGAGAUCGGAGCCCGUCAAUCUACCAGCAUCGAAGUCGAUCCACCUUCGACCCCGAGGCGCGACUUCGAAAGCUCACAGCUCUAUUGCGGCAUAUACGACUAUGUAAAGCAGUACAUGUCACGAUACGAUUGCUCUCAUGACUUCAAUCACGUACUACGAGUUCUGGCCACAGCCAAGCAUAUUCUGGCCAAGGAGUCUGCUGCCAACCCAUCCACGACAUAUAACAGCAAGGCCAUCAUACUGGCAGCCUUACUCCACGAUGUAGGCGACAGAAAGUACAUUCAGCCUGGCGAAAACGCAGAACAGCUCAUCUCAGACGUCCUUACAAAGAACGGCUGCCCCCCAAAGUUUUCAGCCAAGGUAGCGUUGAUAGUCGAACACGUCUCCUACUCAAGCGAGAUCAAGCGGCCGAGUCUGGUCAAAGCCAUUGUGUCAGCGCAUCCUGAGCUCGCUGUUGUCCAGGAUGCUGAUCGGCUUGAUUCUAUUGGUGCUCUGGGUAUUGGUAGAGUGUUCGCAUUUGGGGCCGUGAAGGCGCCCGACAGAGGAUUGCAGGGUAGCAUCGACCACUUUGAUGAGAAGUUGUUGAAGGUCGAAAGUAUGAUGAAGACGGAGACCGGCAGGGUUAUGGCGAAGGAGAGAACAGAGAGGCUGAGAGUGUUCAAGGAGUGGUGGGAGGAGGAGCAGAAACAGGAAUCGUGA